AGGAAUGCCCAGGAUGCUACUCAUUUGACAAGAAAGCACAAGCAACACGGAGUUGGAGGAGUGUGCAUUCCCAGCAGUGUACGAUGUAUCAGCCAGCAAUAUUGGGUCAAAGGACAAGUUCACUGAGACCGUGGAUGACAGCCCUUAUUGUCACAGCUGUUGUGUUGGUUCUAGCGAUAAUCAUCGGUCUCCUUGUUUAUUUUUUGGCGUUUGAUCAGAAAUUUUACUAUUACCAGACCUCAUUCCAGAUCCCCAGUAUUGAAUAUAAUCCUGACUUUUCAGCUGAACACUCAAAAAUGAGAAGAGACUUGAAACAAAAAGUCAAUAAUGAAAUAGAGAAUAUAUUUCGAAGAUCCAGUUUAAAUCAUCAUUACAUCAAGUCUCAUGUUGUUGACUUUAGUUCAAGUAAUGACGGUUUGAAAACAGACGUAUUGCUUAAGUUUCAGUUUGCUUCUAACCAUGCAGACACAGUAAAAAGGCAAGCUGACAACAUUUUGCAUCAGAAGUUGAAAUCAAAUGAAAGCUUCCUGAAGAUAGAUACUUCAUUACCUUUUCUGAAAGAUAUGAAUGAAGCAGAAGCAGAACACAUUCUGAACAGCUGUUGUGGACGAGGGAGGGAAUUUCCAUCUAUGGAAAGAAUUGCUGAUGGUUAUCCUGCAAAGAAAGCUGAUUGGCCCUGGCAAGCCAGCCUGCAAAUGGACGGCAUCCACUUCUGUGGAGCUUCUUUGAUCAGUGAGGAGUGGCUCCUGACCGCUGCUCACUGCUUUGACAUUUACAAAAACCCCAAACUCUGGAUGGCUAGUUUUGGAACAACUCUCAGCCCUCCACUGAUGAGAAGAAAGAUACAAUCAAUCAUCAUUCAUGAAAACUAUGCUGCCCAUAAGCAUGAUGACGACAUCGCUGUGGUGAAGCUCUCCACCCCUGUCCUAUUUUCCAAUGAUGUGGGCAGAGUCUGUCUCCCAGAUGCUACUUUUGAAGUCUUGCCUCAGAGUUCAGUGUUUGUCACUGGAUGGGGAGCAUUAAAAGCUAAUGGUCCCUUUCCCAAUACUCUGAGACAAGUUGAAGUAGAGAUCAUAAGUAAUGAUAUAUGUAAUCAAGUUCAUGUAUAUGGUGGUGCCGUAUCAUCAGGAAUGAUAUGUGCUGGAUUCUUAACAGGAAAACUAGAUGCCUGUGAGGGUGAUUCUGGAGGACCUCUGGUUAUAGCACGUGAUAGAAACAUCUGGUAUCUUAUUGGAAUAGUAAGCUGGGGAAUAGACUGUGGAAAAAAAAAUAAGCCUGGAAUUUAUACCAAAGUGACUCGUUAUCGGGACUGGAUUAAAUCUAAAACCAACAUCUAAUGCAACAAUCACCUCUACGUGCAAAAUGUAAAUGUGGUCUCUAGCAAAUUGUGUUGAGUAUGUGUUGCGAUGUAUAAGGUCAUUGAAUUCAAGAUGCAAAUAAGCAUGAUCUGACAAUAUUCCUCUUAAACAUGAGGAAAGCAUCUUGUUUUACAUCAUCUGAAGUGUUUUGCUAACCAUGAGCAUACAAAAUACUGUCAGCUCCACAAAGAGCUGCCAUUGCUGCCAAAUGUCUCUCAUUAUCUCCUUGUCCUUCUUUCUGUUCCUAGUAUGUACUACUCAUUUUAGAAUAAUCCCGUUUAAUCAGACAAGUGCCAACGGCUAAGCAUUCUCUAUUUUUUUCCUGACAAGGCAGGCUACCCUUCCCUGACUCCACAGUUUGUAUCUCCUUCACUAAAUAAUCCUCAUUAAGAAUCUAUAGGCUCACAGUACCAAAUAAAUCAAGGUAAUUCGUUUGGACCAAAGCGAACCCAGACGAUGGAGAGGCACUGGAGGUGAAACAGGGAUUUACGAGAUGGCAUUACUAUGAGUCCUUUCCCCUUUGCCCUCAGAUGCACAGGUACCUGUUUCUGAAACUUGAAAAAAAUUGACAUAUACAUUUACACCUAGUUGUACAGAUUUUAUCUUUUUUUAUUAUGCCCAGUUAGCCACCGUAUAGUACAUCACCAGUUUUUGAUGUAGUGUU